UGCAUUUCAACACUUGUAAUCAUUACACUAUAUUUGUGUAUAUAGUGUAAGUUUUCACAGUACUACUAGCUAUAUAUAUAUCAGGUAAUGGCGUCCGUAACUGUAGAGCAAAUCCGAAAGGCUCAGCGAGCUGAAGGUCCGGCCACCAUCCUCGCCAUUGGCACCGCCGUUCCUGCCAACUGUUUCAACCAAGCUGAUUUUCCCGACUACUACUUUCGUGUCACCAAAAGUGAACACAUGACUGAUCUCAAAAAGAAGUUCCAACGAAUGUGUGAAAAAUCCACUAUAAAAAAGCGUUACUUGCACUUGACCGAAGAGCAUCUGAAGCAGAACCCACAUCUGUGCGAGUACAAUGCACCAUCUCUGAACACACGCCAAGACAUGUUGGUGGUUGAAGUUCCCAAGCUUGGGAAGGAGGCUGCAAUCAAUGCCAUCAAAGAAUGGGGCCAACCCAAGUCCAAGAUCACCCAUCUCAUCUUCUGCACCGGCUCCUCCAUCGACAUGCCAGGAGCCGAUUACCAAUGCGCCAAGCUUCUCGGCCUCCGACCCUCGGUGAAGCGAGUGAUGCUGUAUCAACUCGGCUGUUAUGCCGGUGGAAAAGUUCUUCGCAUAGCCAAGGACAUAGCAGAGAACAACAAGGGCGCUAGAGUUCUCAUUGUGUGCUCUGAGAUCACAGCUUGUAUCUUUCGCGGGCCCUCGGAGAAACAUUUGGAUUGCUUGGUGGGGCAAUCUCUGUUCGGAGACGGGGCAUCUUCGGUCAUCGUUGGUGCCGACCCUGAUGCCUCGGUAGGCGAGCGGCCGAUCUUCGAGUUGGUUUCAGCUGCGCAGACGAUUUUGCCUAACUCGGAUGGAGCCAUAGCCGGGCACGUAACGGAAGCCGGGCUGACAUUUCACUUGCUGAGGGACGUGCCAGGGUUGAUCUCCCAAAACAUUGAGAAGAGCUUGAUUGAGGCCUUCACUCCGAUUGGGAUUAAUGACUGGAACAACAUAUUCUGGAUUGCACAUCCCGGUGGACCUGCCAUUCUGGACGAGAUAGAGGCCAAGCUCGAGCUGAAGAAGGAGAAGAUGAAGGCGUCUCGUGAAAUGCUGAGCGAGUACGGGAACAUGUCAUGUGCAAGCGUUUUCUUCAUAGUAGAUGAGAUGAGGAAACAGUCGUCGAAGGAAGGGAAGUCUACCACCGGAGAUGGACUGGAGUGGGGCGCUCUCUUCGGGUUUGGACCGGGUCUGACGGUGGAGACGGUGGUCUUGCACAGCGUGCCCACAAACGUCUAAUGAAUAAUUUGUUAUCGCUAGCUUGUCAAAUCAAGCUUUACUAUGUAUUGUGGUCGUUAAUUAGUUUAUACUUUGAUGUUGAUCAAUAAUUAUAUACCUCAUCUAAUAAAAUGAUCAAAUAUAUUUUUAUAUA